AUGACUGAUAAUGAACGCAAACAAACGAUUGAUUCAUGGCAUAUGCGAGCUAAUGCAUAUGAAAUAUUAAUUAGUCAAUAUCAAAUAUUUACGGAUAUGGCUAUGGGUCUUGUGAAAUUUGUUGAAAAACAUCGAAGAGAAGACGAGAAAAAUUUUCAUAUUAUGGAUUUAGCUGCUGGAACUGGUUUAAUUUCGAAACUAUUGAUUGAAUAUAUUCAUAUAUCACCAUCAUCGUUAUAUCUUGUUGAACCAGCCGAACAAAUGUGUAUACGUGCUCGAGAUAAUAUUAAAACUCCUAAUAUAUAUCAAGUAGCAGCUGAAGAUUGUCUUUCAGCACCUAAUUUACCUCGAGAUUAUUUCGAUUUUAUUCUAUGCAAUGCUUCAAUGCAUCUUAUGUCUGAAAGUAAUAUAUAUCCAAUUGUAUCAAAAUUACUUAAACCCAAAACAGGUUAUUUUCUAUAUACAUUAUGGUAUCAUGCAUUUGACGAAACUCAAAAUUAUGAUAAAAGUCAAGAACUUGAAACAUGCGUUAAUGAUACAUUAACUUAUUUUAAUUAUCCAAAAUAUUUUUCAAUAAAUACGACUAGUUCAUCAUCAACAAAUCGAUCAGCUCGAUCACGAAAAUAUCUAGAUCAAACAGCUCAUAUGAAUGGACUUAAACUUGAAUCAUGCACAAUUCAUAUUCAUCGAACACCGUUGAGUUUUGAUCUUGAUUUUAUGCUUAUGACACCCAAUUGGUUAGUCGAACAUUUAAAAACUUAUGAAUGGACUCAAAAACAAGAUAUUGAUACAAUGAAAAAACGUAUUAUAGAACGAGUUCGAGAUUUAAUUAAAGACAAAUAUAAUGAUAUACCCGUUGUAGAAAUUAUUGUAUCAAGAAUUUAA